AUGGAAGGGAGCUCCUUUGGUCAAUGGCUAGAAAGGAAGUUCCAAAUCUUAGCUCAGAGGGGAGAUGAGGCUGACUCUGCCAUUUGCUAUCUGGGAUAUACCUUAUGGGAGCUGUGGAAGAUGCGAAAUGCCUAUGUUUUUAACGAUUACAAGCCAAACCCAGCCUUUUGCAUUCAAAGGAUCAAUUUGGCUUUUCAGGAAGGUAAACCUGGAGUUAUUACAUCCCCGGAAACCUCUGAGAUCCAUCCCCUCACAAAGAGGUCUUACCAGUGGAGGAGACCACCUCGAGGCUUCCAGAAGUGUAAUACCGACGCAGGUCUCAACAAUCACAAAAAUAAGGCUAUGGGAAGUAUGAUCUUUAGGAAUGACAAAGGAGAUAUUACCUUUGGCUCAACCUCUCGCUUCUUCACCUCCAAACCUCUCAUCGCAGAGGCCUUAGCUCUCAGGGCAGCAUCUCUUGCAGCAGCAAACAUGAAAAUGGAGAAAAUUUUAUUUGAAUCAGACAAUCUUCAACUGAUAGAGGCUUGCCUAAGAAGGAAAACUAUGGGAGCUAUACAAAAUAUUGUGGAAGACAUUUUGACUUGGAAGAAGGAUUUCCCCACUUGGGGAUUUACCUGGACAGGAAGAUCCGAGAACCAUAGUGCUCAUGUACUCUCCAAUUUAGCUCUCCAUGACUCGCUAAACCCUCAGCGGCGAUGGAAUCCUCCUCAAGAACUCUGGAGUGCUCUGGUAAGAGAUAAACAACUUUCCCAGGAAUACAUCAUCAAGGACUCAGGGAGACAUGAAGGAGAUAGAACUGGAAUUGGUUGA